AAUAUUGAGGAGUUCAGCACUGAGGGUUGACGUAGUGACGUAGGAGUGACGUAGGCGAACACGGAAGUGUUUGUGCCACACCGAAAAUGUCACUUCGUAAAGCCGCUAGUCGCCUUUGGAGCGUCCGCAAGAUUACACUUCAGACUUCUGUCUUUCAAACUGGUGUUAGAUUGAAGACAACAUGUCCAGUGGAAGUAAGUCAUGUGGACCAUUUGGUGCUGACUGUGAAAAGCGUGUCAGAAACCAUCGACUUCUACACAUCAACUCUGGGCAUGGAGGUCGUUACUUUCAAGGGUAACCGGAAGGCUCUGGGCUUUGGGAAGCAGAAGUUUAACCUUCACCAACUCGGGCAGGAAUUUGAGCCUAAAGCCAAGAAUCCCAUGCCUGGCUCUGCUGACCUGUGUCUCGUCACCAAAACCCCUCUGACGACCGUAGCUGCACACCUGAAGGUGUGUGGCGUCCAGAUAGAGGAGGGUCCAGUGGAGAGGACUGGAGCAGUGGGGACAAUCACCUCUCUGUACUUUAGAGAUCCAGAUAAAAAUCUCAUCGAAGUGUCCAAUUAUAACCAGAAAAAAUCAGACAAUCAGGACUAGUAUUUGCUCUUGAACUUUUUUGUAUUCCUAAAUCUAAAAUCUUUUCAAUGUUUUCUUACGGAAGUCAUCAUGAACACUUGAUUGGGGACCGCCGUAGAUUGUGUUAGUUAGGUGGCAACUUGUCCAGGGUGUACCCCGCCUUCUGCCCGAUUGUAGCUGAGAUAGGCGCCAGCGCCCCCCGCAACCCCGAAAGGGAAUAAGCGGUAGAAAAUGGAUGGAUGGAUGGACAUCUUAGUUGCUCCUUGCUACUGAUGUGAGGAAAAAUAUUUUGGCAGAUUUAAUUUUAUUCUAUCUUAAUUGGAAUGUAGUAUGGAUAUGUUUAUAAUUAGGGACAACAUGUUGAUCCGUCAAACUAUGAAAACAUUUCUUUUUUCACAUGUCUAACAGAGAUUAUAAUAAAGUACUCUGUGCCUCACAACACGAAGGUCCUGAGCAGUCCUGAGUUCAAUCCCGGGUUUGGGAUCUUUGUGUAGAGUUUGCAUGUUCUCCCCGUGACUGCGUGGGUUGCAACUCAGUAUUCUUCUUCCUCCAAACAUGACGAGUUGAGUUGAUACCAAAAUGGAUACAUGGAUGAUACAGCAGAGGAUUGGGAGAAUGUCAUGUGGUCAGAUGAAACCAAAAUAGAACUUUUUGGUAUAAACUCAACUGGUCGUGUUUGGAGGAAGAAGAAUACUGAGUUGCAUCCCAAGAACACCAUACCUACUGUGAAGCAUGGGGGUGGAAACAUCAUGCUUUGGGGCUGUUUUUCUGCUAAGGGAACAGGACGAUUGAUCCGUGUUAAGGAAAGAAUGAAUGGGGCCAUGUAUCGUGAGAUUUGGAGCCAAAACCUCCUUCCAUCAGUGAGAGCUUUGAAUGGUUGACCAAAUACUUAUUUUCCUCCAUAAAUGACAAAUAAAUUCUUUAAAAUUCCUACAA